AGGGCAAAGCUGUACCCACUAAAAUUAGUGCGUCCAAAUGGAUUCAACCCAAUACCAUUAAAAUUAGCGAACCUACCAAAACCACCGCAAACUGUAGGCCUGCCUUUUUUCAAUCUCCACAAACCACGGUGGACGCAGUAUCUUCAGCCUUGAUAACUAAAAUCAAGCCAGAUAUGCUUCUAUCAAACGGUGAUUUUAUAGUGUCCAGCCAGCCAGCAAAUCAGCUCAUUUGGCAGCACCAAGAUGGUAUUCUUAGACAGGCACUAUUAACAGAAAAAGAUGUCAAGUCCGAGGACAGUAAAAUGGAACUAGAAACCAGCUCAGUUGGUGCCAAUGCAACUUCAGUCCUCACUCUCACCCCUGUUCCUGCUGCUCAAGUAAUAAAAAUGAAUGAAUACAAAGUAAUUCUAUCCAGUGAACAUUUGCCAAUGACUUGGCAAGAAACUGGAAAGAAAAAUGCUACAUUGGCAUUAACGACGUUACCAACGAUAAAACCAAAAGUGGACGCAAGUCCUUCAUUAAUGAUUGGAAAACAGCCUGUGACAUUCACUGCGAUAUCCAACGUCAAUUUGCUACCUCAGAACCAGUACUCUACGAUUGUGAUUAAAGAUCUUAAAAACAAUGUUCCAGCAAAUAUUUUACUCAGUAAUCCUUUAUUGUCACAAAGUCCGACGGGUAAGAAACCUAUCACCAAACCUGUUCCGAGACUUGCAAAAGUCAGAAAGAAACCGAUUACAGCGAAGAAGAUAAUGUUGAAACCACCAAGUUCUCUUCUCUCUCAGUCUGCAUUGGAGCGCUCAAACGAAGAUCGGAUCGACGGAUCUAAAAGUGAAAAAUGUAGCAAUGAAAAUAGCUUAAAUAGCACUAGCAAUUCAUGUGUAAAUACGAUUCCAAAGGAUAAUCCAACAACAGAAAACACACUUGCGAGUGCUUCCAAUCUUGAAAAGUCAUCAGUAAAUAACAAUAUACCCAUUUCCACACCCAACAUCAUCAUAACACACAACAACUUUUCCUUCAACUCCAGUGUAGUUACCAAAUCCACUGAAAACAAUUUAACACUAACAAAUUUGACUCAGACAACAAAUUUCCCAGAGAUUUUAAACACUGUUACAACAUCAGAAGGUCACACAGAAUUUGAAUCGUCUGACAUCGGUGUAAUGGAACAUACACUAGAAGACGGAGGAAUAAUAAUCACCUCGGACGGUUGUGUGGAAAGUGAAGUUGAGAAUUUAGACAGUUCAAUUAUAAAUGAGACAGUUUUGAUAGAUUCUGACACACAAGUUGUUUGUGCUGACCAAGAAAUGUUAUUGGAUACAGGUGUUGUGGUGGAAACUUGUAAUGAAACUCCUGAGAAUCUUGAAACCGUGAGCAACGAAGAUGUCCAUUUGGAUCAUGUUGAAACGAUUUUGCCUUCAGACAUUGAACAUCAUAAUGAACACCCCUCACAGGAGUAUACAGACAAGUUGUUGUCGCAACUACAACUGUCUGAUUCUCGGACACUGCCUAACAUAACCAGCAGCCAGGUCUCGUCCGUUUUGAACGCUCUCGCACCCUCCGACAAAACUGAUCUGGAUGAACUAACCUCUUUGACCAACGCCAAAAGUGACAAGGAACCAGUGAAAUGUGAACCAACCGAGUUUGUGAAGAUAGAAAGCUUGCAAAUGCCUAAUCUCAUCAAGAUGGUGAAACCAAAGCCUCCUGAACCUAAAUAUCGUGUGUGUGAGCUGAACAAACACACGUGUUUCCGCUGUGUGAGUUGUUCCUUCCUGAGUUUGAGAGCGGAAAGUGUGGAGAACCACUGGGCGAAAGAACACUGCAACAUUCGCACAGAGCUGCUCAACCGGCAGCUGACUAGGCGACAGAUCAAGUGUCUCGGCUGUCCUAACGUUGUCUACUCCAAAUAUUCCUUGCAGAUUCAUUUACUUUGUGACCAUAAUGUUAUCACGACGGAAGUUAAUGAAGUUAUCGCCACAACACUUGCUGCCAACAAAGCUCUGAGAGAUGCUAAACGACCUCAGCAUCAAAAAUCAACAAGUGCCAAAGCCAAAGAUGUAGUGCCGCGUUUACAGCAAAGCAAAGAAGGAGAAGUACAAUCAGCUGUUUACCAAUCCACCUUCCCUGCUGAGCCCAUGACCGUCGCGAAAGAGACGGCCAACGUUAGCGAGCAGAAGACGAGUGAAGAACCUCAGUUACCCUCGACACCUAGCUUCACACUCUUCACUGACAUUCAGUUACCCAAAGAUAAGGAAGUUGCUUCUCCAUCCAACCAAAAUCCAAAGACUGAAGAUAGCAAAACUGUAAUAAAUGACAAAAAGGUUGCUCGACGCCUUAGAAGAACAGCGAGGAGUAAACUUAAGGCAGAGUUUGGUUAUGAAAUCAAGUACAACUUUAGGUGUAUGGUGGAGAAGUGUGGCGUAAGGUUUACGACGGCCACCAACCUGAGUUACCACCUGCGUUGUCACCUGCCAGACUCCGAAGUGUUCCGAUGUCCGGAGUGUGACCUAGCGAUGGGCAGCUGGAGCAGCGUGACAUCCCAUCUGUGGCGGCAACACGGGGUAGACAUCGACCUGUACUGCUGCAAGCUGUGCGGCUACAAGUGCAACAGUUACAGCAAGCUUAUCAACAACCAUAUCAAGAUACAUGGUGAUGAGCGACCGUUCUUGUGCGACAUUUGUGGUAAGGGCUUCAAAACCACCAAACAAUUGCGGAACCACAAGGCCGUUCACCGAGCCAGGGUCCGACUGCUGGGAGAGGUGAAUGGAGACAGUGGCGGUUGUUACACCUGCAAGGUCUGUGGACGCAGUUUUACUGACGCUCGUAUCCUGCGUCACCACACAGAGAAUGUGCACAACAAGCUGCGGCCGUACCUGUGUACCUUCUGCGCGCACACGGCUAGCUCCAAGAGCUCCCUGCGCAUGCACAUACGUCAGCACACUGGUGAGAAGCCGUUCAGCUGUAACGAGUGUGACUACGUAACAGCUGACCACAACUCACUACGGAGACAUAAGAUGCGACACUCUGGACUCAGACCUUACCAGUGUCCUUACUGCAGUUACAACUGCAUACAGGCCACCACGUACAAGGUGCAUCUCAAGAACAAACACCCAGGGCUGGAUGAAGGGCUCAUGUUUAGCUGUCAGCUGUGUCCAUUUCGAACAGUCAAGAAGGACAACUACUUGGCGCACAAGGCAGAGCACCACCUUGGAGGAAACCCUUGCAACCGACGGAAAAAACAUCUACCCCAGGAGAUGUCUCAGGAAAAUACCUCGUUAUUGGGUAAAUCAACAUCACAUAGCUUUCCUGAACAUGAAACAGUCAUUCUACUGGAGGAGUCAAGUGAUAUUUCUUCUGUACAGGGUGUAGUUUUAUGAAACGAUCCAGACGCUGGUGGAAUCAAAUCUACCAGUUAGUCAGUCUUCCAUCUUUAGAUUUAAAUGUUGUACAAAAUGUUGAAGUUAACGAUGUUUAAAUUAUUAUCAAAUCUAGUCCAUAGAUUAUCAUAGUCCUGGUAUUUUUCUAUUGUGCAUUCAAUUAUUUUUACUAGUCUUAUUGGUUUGUGAGGACCUGUUAAAACUGUUUUAAUUGAGUAGAACAUAGGUUUACCCCCUCCAGCAGUUAUUAUAGCUUUAUCUUAAAUGUUGCACCUAGUUUAAUGGUGAAGUUUUUAAUGUGUAAAUUUAUGACGAAUGAUGUUUGCAACAGUUACAACAGUACAGUUGAUGUUUAUGGAGUCCUGUUAUAUUUUGAGUUGUUUAUAAUUGUUUCUUUUUAACUUGCGGAAGUUGUAUGAAUAAUAGAAAACCAAUAGUAGGUAUAAUUUGAAACAUAAAUGUUGUUGUAUGAAAGUGUUUUAGUUUGAUUAUUACUGUUUACUUUUUUUAAAUAUGAUGCACAAUUCAUUGUUAAUUAUUUUAAGCAAGAUACCCUCAUCUUAAGAUUUUUGGAUCUUUUCUUAGUCUAUGUACAAGAUAUGAUAUAAAAGAAGUAUGAUUGUUUCCACUUGUUUUAACGGAUAAAUGCCAAAGUCAAUUAUGUGUAUAAUUAAUGUUGUACCAUUAAGUUUGAAGACAACUACCUAUGUUCUAAAAUUACAAAUUAUAAUUGGCCAAUGUUGUCUCAAAAUGUGUCAAACAUAACAUAAGUUAAUAAACAUGGACUCAAAGUCUAUAAAAAUUACUUCCAGUGUUAUUUUUAUGGAGAAAAUAUUUUUUUUAUUAGUGAGUUUUCUCUAUAGGGGAGAAGUUUAAGCAUAGGUGGGGCAUGGAUAAACCUAGACCCUGGACCGAUAUACCUUUUCAGUUUGAUAACCGUAGGAGCAAAAAAUAAAAAAAUACUAUUUGUUUACAUUUUAUUUAUGAAAAUAAUAUGUCUGUAAACACGAUAACUCGAUUGUAGUACAAGUUUGAUGAGAUUUGACAUGAAUGUAGGGGUCUAAUGAUGGAGAAUAAUUAAACUUUCGUGAGUUCCUGAACCAGCAAGUUUGGGUUAUAAGAACAAGUUAAAGUGAAGGAGUUUUAAAAUUUUUCAAAAAUAGAUUUUUGUAAUUUUUACCCUUUAAACAUCAUACCUAUUUUAAUUACAGUCAUGUGGUUGAGGUAUUUUAUCUAUGAUUAUUGGGGCAUGAUUUAGUACUUAACUGUACUUGUACUGUUUUAUUUAUAAAUUAAAAUUUUAAUUAAUUUACAUUCUAAAACUAUUGUGGAAAAAGGAAAUCUGCUGAUUUAAAUUUUUUUACUAGCAAGUCAUGUGUGAUAAUUA